CACGUUUUUCUUUUUGUUUCCGAAGAGACAAUUUUGAUGUACCUGACGAUACUGUAGCAAGUGGUAGUUGCAGACAGCGGUUAGUGAUUAUUUUUUGUCUAAAUAUUUGUAUACACGAGAUUAUUACAAUUUACAAUUUACGGAAAUCGGAAGAAUAAUUAUUACUAUCAAUGUGCAAUAUAUUAUCAACAAGACAUGACCAAAUGUACAAAUUACAUUGACGACGAUCACAAUUGUCCUGUUUUCAAUUGCAUUGUCCGUGCACGUCCGUGGUGCCCGUGACCAUAGAUUUUCUGCUACUUAAAAUUGCACCGCAACAUUGUCUGCACAAAUAAUUACCAUUUGCGGUUGCGGGGAUCAAUGCAGACCGUUUAAUAAUGGCUUGUUUGAACGUGCUGAAACAGGAGAUCAAAGUACUGGAGUCGACAUUCCCAAAAAACCAUGAUCGUUUUCAAGUACACACUGCCACUGUUGAUGAGGUGAUAUGCAGAUUUGUCGGACCUACCGGUCGUCAGUUUGAAAUUAUCGGCAACAUCACGGAAACGUAUCCGGGAACACCUCCGGUAUGGUUUGCCGAUACUGAUGACUGUAAAGUGACCAAUGCUAUUGAAAAACUAGGCCAAACAUCCGGACUCGAUAAUCAUGUAAUUAACCAAGUUGGUAUAUUAAUCAGUGAACUUUGCCGUACAUAUUGUUUAUCUGAGCCGUCCGAACUUCAAAGACUGAUACAAAUGCCCUGUAAUUCAGGGGCAUCAACUUCAACUUCGUGUUCUAGUAAAUUAACAGAUGAAGAAGAUGAUGACGAUGAAGACGAAGAAGAAGUCGAGGAAUAUAUACAAUUAGAAAUGGAAGAACCCACUGCCGAGUCUACCAAAAAACAGGUUGAUGAUAUGGAAGUUCAACACUUGGAGACUCUAGAAAGGCUACGCCAAAAUCAAAGGCAAGAUUAUUUAAAAGGAGCUGUUACUGGAUCUGUUCAAGCUACUGAUCGUCUAAUGAAAGAACUCAGAGAUAUUUACAGAUCUGAUAGUUUUAAGAAAGGCAUGUAUAGUGUGGAUCUUGUGUGUGACAGUAUUUAUGAAUGGAACAUCAAGUUGAUGACUGUUGAUCCAGACUCAGCUUUGUAUCACGAUUUACAAAAGCUUAAGGAGAAAGAAGGAAAAGACUUUGUACUAUUGAACAUUACGUUCAAAGAGACGUACCCUUUUGAACCACCAUUUGUACGCGUAGUUCAUCCUAUAAUACAAGGCGGCUAUGUGCUAGUUGGUGGAGCUAUUUGUAUGGAAUUACUUACUAAACAAGGUUGGAGUUCAGCUUAUACUGUUGAAGCAGUAAUUAUGCAAAUUGCAGCCACUCUGGUCAAAGGGAAAGCUAGAAUUCAGUUUGGUGUACCAAAAUCAAUGAACCAGGUAUCCCAUGCAACAAACCCAAUAGGUCAAUAUUCAUUAGCCAGGGCACAGCAAUCUUUCAAAUCUCUUGUGCAAAUACAUGAAAAAAAUGGUUGGUUUACACCCCCGAAAGAAGAUGGUUAAUAUGCUGCUAACCUCAAGCCACAAAAAAUAACAAUUCAUUCCUUAACGAAAAAGAAAUAUAAAUUGCGUCUCAUUUGUAAAAAGUAUACAUUUUGUUUACAGUAUAAUAUUUAAGUUUAUUUCUUUAUUAUUUCUAUUUUUUUUUUUUAAAUAAGUGAAUAUCUAACCCUGCGAUUGGGCUCGUGAUGUGUUGUACAAAUAUAUCUCUAAAGUAAUUUGGUUCUAAUAUUACAGCAAUUUAAAAGUGUUGAUUUUAUGGAUUUAUUUAACGUUUCAAUUACACAAACCUAUAUGGUAUUUUUUUUCUGUGAUUUCUUUGAUAUUAUGGGUUUCAAUCAUCGUUUAUUUUGUUUUUAAUGUGUGAAUAAGUGACUCAUGUUUUAUGUUACGUAUAGGUAAUGUGCAUUAAUAUUCACUUAUUUAACUUAGAAUCAUAAGCAAAACACCAGAUAAAAAAACAAUUAUAUAGAUAUAUAUUUUUUAUGUUGCAAUGCUCAAAUAAAUCUACCCUAACUGCUUACAGAUUUUUGUAUAAUGAGUCAACACUUGCAGUUAAUUAGUACUUAUUAGUUAGUUACAAAAGUGUAUGUAAUUUUGGAAAUCAGUUUUCGAACUGAGAUUUUAAUGUAAUGUUAACUUUGCGUGUGUAAAUUAUUAAGCUUAAUAUCAUUUUUUAACAAUGAAAUUGUAAAGCUGUAUUUACCAAUGUGUUGAAUAAGCAAAUUAUUUUAUACAAAAUAUAAUGUAAUAUAAACAUUUUUAUUAUUUACAUCAAUUGUACAUCAACAAUACUCUCCACAAUCAGUGCUAAUAAGAAAGAUACAUUAUUUUUUUUUACUCUGUCUGUUGU